UAUGCCAUCCCUAGUUCGGCGUUCAUAUGAAAAAUCAAAACAAAACCUCGAAACAACAAUUCUAUAUAAAUAAAAGCUUUUUUCCCAUCGCUCUAUUACUACAAGCUUUCGAAUGUCGCACUCACCGCCGCCGGCUAGCAAUUGCGAGGAGGCUCUCAUCCAGCUGAAAAACUUUGGAUAUGCAUUCGAUGGAGAAGGAGUCCUGCGCAAAGUCGAUCCCGCCACCGGGGAGCCCGGCAAGGAAUUCUUUUCCUACAACGUCAGCGACGAUGCCGCCGAAAACGAGAAGCACUACCAGAAGCUAGCCAACCAAAUCCCAGAAAUUGUCUACGCUUUGCUGGAGAAAAACGGUCUAAGUCGCACCUACAUCCCAUUUGACCAGCCUCCAGAGCGCUCUUCGUUCGUAUUCUCGCAACCGGCAAAGCUGUCGCAGUCCAAGAAGUUGCUGGUCCUCAUCCAUGGCAGUGGAUAUGUUAAGGCCGGACAGUGGGCCAGAAGUUUAAUUAUCAACAAUUCCCUGGACCACGGUACCCAGCUGCCUUAUGUGCGACAGGCCCAAAAACUGGGAUACGAUAUCCUCAUCACCAAUGCCAAUGAUUGCACACGAUUCUACAAUGGUAAGGAGAAUCCCAUCAAGGGCGUCAAUACGUCCGUAGAGCACACUAAAUAUGUGUGGAAGAAUAUAGUGUUGCCCGCGAAACCGGAGAGUGUGGCCAUUGUGGCCCACAGUUAUGGUGGCAGUCUCACUCUUGAUCUGGUGGAGCGGUUUCCGGAGUUCUUUAAAGAAUCCGUUUUUGCCAUUGCCUUCACUGAUGCCGCAAUGGGAAGUCCCCAAGCGAAGAACAAGGAGUACCUGUGCGAUGUGGCCUGCGAUUGGGUUGCCAGCAGCACACCCUUGGACACACCCGUCUCACAGUCAAAGAGCAGCAUCCGGAGGAUUUCCGCUGGCCACACCAAGCACGAGUGGACCUCUUACUCGGCCAUCGAUUCCGUGUUCAAGUUCAUUGAGGAAAAGUAUGAGCAGCGGGCGAAUAAGAAGUGACAGCCAGCAUCUACUUGUUAAGGCAUUUUUGUACUCCCCAUUUAUAGUAAAUAUCAAGGAGAUGUGAAUAUGAA